AUGAAGAAAAUGACUUGGUUCGAGAGGCUGAAGCACAAAAGAAUACCGAAGGACCGUGUUGUAGUAACGGACUCGGGGUUGACAACAUUGGCGUCCUCGAAUGCUUCUCUGGUCAAGCCAAGCCCAUCUUCUAUCCACGAGUGUCAGCCCGAGCCAUCUCUAUUACCAGUAGAUAUCGAAGAGAAAAUUGACAACAUCAGCGACACUACGCCACCAAUAUUGUCAUCAAUAUCUUCUACGGGCACCGAUCCGACCUUGACGAAUAUUUGGGAGCGGGCAAUCAAAGCUCUGCAGAACGAUUCCGAUUCUGAGAAGAGGGAGCUUGCUCAGCAGUACACGGAAAUCCUAGAGGUGGAGCUUUCUGGGCCUGAAAGCGGUCCCAUAGCCACGGAGACAGGCCAUCUCAAACACGAACGAAUUGCUGAGAGCUUGAAUGCAAAGGUGGAGGAACUGAGUCAAGAGCGCUUGACCAUUUCUCUCGGAAGUCGCGAGCUCGCUAUUGAACCCUUGUUCAACAAUGUGUCGAAGCAUAUCGUUGCUGCAAGGAACCUCAUCAGCAGUGCUGCUGGCGCCGAGCCUCACGCCGCUCUUGCCUGUGCUGGUGGACUGGUCAUCCUUAUGUUCCUCGUUCGUCCCGUAGAGCAAAGAGAACACAUCCUUCGAGGUCUUGAACUGAAAUCUUCUCUCAUCUGUCGAUAUUUCGCCAUGGAAAGAGUUUAA